GAUGCCUCUGUGGCUAUCGGCCAACAAAACGGCGCAACCGGUACUUCAGGAGGUUUGGGUGAAUUGUCACAGUCAGAUCUCAGUUCAUUGGUACCACCACUGCCAGAAGGCCAUAACAUGGCCGACGCUGAAGAUAUUUUCAAGCAUUUAUCAGACACCACUGCCAUCGAAAUCGAAAGUAUUUUGAGCGAAUUCAACCAAACCCCUUAUAUUAAGCAAGAAGAAAACAACAACAUCCCGAACUGCAAUGACGACUCGGUUAGCAGUUCGCACCACAGCCAGAAGAGCGCGCAGGCCUUGUUAGAGAUGAGAAAAUAUACGAUCGCGGCCGCAAAUCCCAUCCUCGCUGAGAAACUAUCGACGCCCAGUGAGCAGAGUCUGCAACCGCUAGGUUCCAAUGGAAGAUCACAGCUGGCGCUGCUGACACCGAAAGUUGAAAAAGGUAAAUGA